CCGUCUCGCCCCUUCCCUCUCCCUUCCCUUUAAAUAAUCUCCUCUCCUCUCUUGUUCUCUGUCAGUUCAAACCCAAAGCGCCAUUGACGGAGCUAUCAAAGUCAAACAAUCUCUCAAAGUCGAGCAAUCCCUCUUCCUUUGUCUGAAACUUGCGUGAUCUUUCAUAUAUUUAAGGAGUCAAAGAAGAUGAUGAUGUCCAUGUUCAGCUCCUUCGAAGCUCUCUCCGCCGAGACGUCGUUCGGUCAGAAGCUGAGCUUCUCGGCGGGCCCGAGCUGGCGCCUGCCCAGCAAGGCUAAAGACGAACCCGCGGUUUCGGCGGAUGAGAAGAGAAGUAAAGAGGCUGACUCUGAUUCUGCUGCUCCGCAGCGGAAGGAUGUCGGGGGACGGCCGAAGAGCGAGGAGCAGCAGAGAAGGCGGCCAAGGUUCGCGCCGGAGCUGGAUGGGGUCCACUGUUUUGAGACCCUUGUGCUCUACUGAUGUUAUAUUCUUUUUGACCGAUGAUUGAUGACGAUGGUGAUCAAUCCAUGUGUAAUUAUAAUUCGAUUGAAUUUUUUCGGCGAACCAAUUCGAUUGAACUUAUUCAAUAGAAUGAAUUAUAUUCUUUGAUCC